CUCGAACUGUGAUACUCGCUAAUACUCGUUAGUCUUCACCAUGGCAGCUGCUCAAACAGGCUAUUCUAUCUCUCGUCGCCGAGACGACCCAUACCGCUACCAGGUCGGGUUCGGUAACGCCUUCACGUCGGAAGCUAUUCCCAAUGUCCUGCCAAUAGGCCAGAACAUGCCACAGAAGAAUAAGUACGAGCUGUACACCGAAGGCAUUAAUGGUACGACGUUUACCGCCCCGAGGGCGCAGAAUCAGCAAAAUAAGGUUUACCGUAUCCGCCCUUCUGUCGCUCAUCAGGGCUUCGUCAAACGCGAGAAGCAGAACCCAUUUCUCGUUGCUGAGUUUUCCCUCAGCGACCCCACGCAAAGCGUUACACCUGCACGUGUCGCUUGGAGCCCAGACGUCCUACCGGCGAACGAGAAAGUUAAUUUUAUCUAUGGCAUCAAGACGAUGAUCGGAAACGGCAGCCCGAUGCUCCGUGAGGGUGUCGUCAUCCAUACCUAUGCGUGCAAUGCAGACAUGGGGAAAGAAGCAUUUGUGAACAGUGAUGGGGACUUCCUUAUUGUUUCUGUACAGGGCCGGCUUGAUAUCCAGACUGAGCUGGGCAAGUUGCUGGUCUUCCCGGGCGAGAUCGCGGUUGUACAGCGGGGACUGAAGUGGAAAGUUACUCUACCAGAUGGUAGUGCAACGGGCUAUAUUCAAGAGAUCUUCGGGAUGCACUAUGAGCUCCCUGACCUUGGUGUCAUCGGCUCCCAUGGACUCGCGAAUCCUCGCGACUUCGAGCACCCGGUGGCUCAUUUCGACGUUGACCAAACCGCCUGGGAAGUUAUCUACAAGCUUGGUGGCCAGCUCUUCACGUGUAAUCAAGAUCACACGCCCUUCGAUAUCGUGGCAUGGCACGGCAAUUAUGUCCCGUAUAAGUAUAACCUCGACUCCUUCAUCUCUCUCGGCAGCCUUACUCGCGACCAUGUUGAUCCGUCGAUCUGGACAGUCCUCACUGCGCGCUCGAAAACCUCAGGCGUAGCACUCGCCGAUUUUGUGUUCGCCGGCGAAAGGUGGGACGUCGCCGAGAAGACGUUCAGACCGCCGUAUUUCCAUCGCAACACUGCCUCCGAGAUUCUUGGAAUCAUCUCCGGCGACUUUGGUUUUGUUGGCGACUUCAAGCCUGGUGCACUGCUCCUUGAGACUGGAUUUGGUCCGCAUGGACCGAAUGGCGAUACGUAUGAUGCGGCCUCCAACAUGGAGCUGAAGCCGGUAAAGUAUCUCGAGGGGAUUCGCUUGGCGGUGUUCGAGACGAGCAUGCUGAUGACUCUUACUGAGUACGCUGCCAAGGGCAACAGACGUCGACCGGGUGAAGGUGGGAAGAAGGGUUUGGAAGCGAAGUUCCUGAAGCAUAAGGACGAGAUUCAAGCUGAUCUGAAGGCGGCUGGCUUGCCUCCCAUCCCUGGCCUCUGAACUCGCUGAAAGAACUCGCAACAUGUUUGCUAGCGAUCGUUGGGAGCCUUGGUUUGAUCACCGAAUCCUCUCGUAGCCGUCACUCCAUGGGACCCGAUAUAUAUGUAUACUGUUCGCUGGAAGCAAUGAAAUGGCGUAGUCUGCCCCUGGAGCAGCGUCUCAGC